AUGUGUACGAGUAACAGACUACGGCUGAGUGAUUUCAAAGACCUAGAAGAAAUUGGUCGCGGCGGGGUUGGGGUUGUUUAUGCGGCCACUCAGCCAAAUGGUGAUCGCGUGGCUCUCAAAAAGAUCUGCUCUCGUGCCGCAGCCGAACGUAUCAAAAAUGAAAUUAGAGCCAUACGUUGUUUGCGGCAUCCGAAUAUUGUUCAGUUCUUCGAAGAUUUUGUCGAAGGUGGUGAUACUUAUGUAGUUAUGGAAUUGUGCCCAUUAGGGUCAAUGCGCGCUUACGUGAAGAAAAAUGGGCCUCUCAGCGAUAAAGCAGCCGCAUACGUAUUACGUCAAAUUAUCUGCGCUGUGAAAUACAUGCAUCGUGAAGGAGUUCUUCAUCGUGAUUUGUCGUCUGGAAAUGUUCUUAUCAGCAGGAUAUUCUCUCCAGAGAAGAUAUCUGUGAAACUUUGCGAUUUUGGGCUUGCUACCCAUUUGAAAAAAGGAGAGACAGCUUGUACUGUUGUUGGAACUCCUGGAUAUAUAGCUCCUCAGGUUUUCAAACAAGAAUACGAUCAAGCUGCUGAUGUUUAUUCUAUGGGUGGUGUACUGUACACCAUGCUGACAGGGAAUGAUCCACCUUCUAAAGGUGCUAUGCGAUUUGACGGUCUUGGCUUAUCUGCUGUUGAGCUAAUAGAAAGUAUGAUGGAAGAAGACGCUUCAAAGCGCAUUGCUUUGAAUGGUUCGUGCAUGGUUGUGCUCUGUUCUAUACGACCUUGA